CAGGAAUUUGGUGUUCGCUUCAUAAAUAUUAUUAUCUGAACUGAGUUUGAGAUGUUUGAAAUGAUGAUUAUAGUUAUCACAUUUGAUUCAUCUCAUCGUUUAUUCAUUCUGAUUCUGAUUCAAGUUACCAUGGAAUUACCGACUGAUUUACAGAAAUAGAAACAUCUGCGGAGGUUCUAAACAUACGUGUACAUAGAGCCAUUGACAUAUGAUUCAUGGAAUAUUAUAUUUCUAUAUAUACUUCGAACUUAUUGUGUAAAUACAACAACAAAGAUGGACGCGUACAUGUCAGCAAUUAUCGGAUGGACCGUGACUAUAUUUUUAUUUAUCUUGAACACUUGGGCGAUUUCUUCUACUAUUCUCCGUUUUAUUGCCAAACAUGACAUUCGUGCAACUUCAGAAGGAAGUGUAGCGCCGGGCUGGGAGAGAGUGGCAGAGGAAUUCAGAAAAAACCUGAAAUCUGGUGAUGAGAAAGGAGGAGCUUUCGCAGUGUAUUACCGUGGUAAAAAGGUAGUAGAUAUAUGGGGAGGAUAUGCAGAUAUUCAUGCAAGGUGGCCAUGGCAGGAAUAUACUCUCACACAGUGCUUCUCCAUCACAAAGGCAUUCGUUGCUAUAACUGUUGCUCGAUUCGUGGAAAGGGGUCUACUUCGCUAUGAGGACAGAAUAGCAAAAAUAUGGCCAGAAUUUGGGCAGAAUGGGAAAGGAGAUAUUACAGUGAAGGAGCUGGCGACUCAUACAGCAGGUGUUGCAGUGAUAGACAAGUUGUUUAAAUUGAAAGAAAUUAAGACGAACCCCGACAACGUUGAAUAUGCUCUUGCCAGCCAAAGACCAAACUGGGAACCAGGGAAAGCCCAAGGUUACCAUGCUUUGACAUUCGGACUUUACUUUGAUGAGAUCAUCCGACGAGUGGAUCCCGAACAUCGAAGAAUAUAUCAGAUUGUACGAGAGGAGGUAACACAGCCAUUUGGACUAGAUUUUCAAAUUGGUUUAGCGAAAGAAGAAAACCACAGAUGUGCUCGAGUUGUACCUUUGGAACGUGGGAUCUGGUUCUAUUUCUCACACAUGUGGCUCCCUUGGAAAUACCAGAAAAUUCUUUUUUCGGCAAUAGUCCGACCAUUUUCGUAUACGUCAAGAAUAGGACAGAAUCCAGUUGACUUUGGAUUUCCUCCAAUUGAACGAGCGAAUCACCCCGACAGACGAGCAAUACGAGCAGCUUCUUCCCAUGGAUUCGGGACCGCACGGGCAGUUGCUAAAUUUUAUAGCAUUUUAGUGAACGGUGGAAACUACUUCGGAAGGCAAUUGCUCACUCCUAAGAUGAUUGAAGAAAUCUCACAACCGCACAGUAUAGGACUAGAUAAGAUCAUACUAUCAGAAUCUGUAUUUGGAUUGGGUCUUAGAUUAUUUAGAAGGACAUUUAAAGGAGAAGAUCGUUUCAUUUUUGGUCACCCCGGUUACGGAGGACAGAUGGCUAUGUGCGAUCCCAAAUACAAGCUGAGCUGUGCAUAUCUCACAAACUUUAUAUCAAUGCAGGGCGAUGGGGACGAUCCUCGAUAUCUUAGCCUUGAAAACGCAAUGUAUGAAUGCGUUCGUGAUUUAGAGGGACACUGACAUUAUAUAGUGGAUAUUGUUGUUAUGCAAAUAAGUAACUAUAUUGGCUGGAGCAAUAGAUGGAGCCACAGUGGACAUUAUUCGCCUCAGCCCAUGGGCCAAAAUUUCACUGUGUUGCCCUUUGUAAUGUGGUCAUUGAUAUAUUAAUAUGCUCUGGCAGUACCAAAAUUCUACCGUUCUUAUCCCGGGAGAAUUUUAAUAUCUAAUAAAAUAUAUUAGAAUUUAAAAGGGGAUGUCCGUCUUUUCAGAAUUAUUGUCACAUAACCUUAAAGGCGAAGAAUUAACAUGAAAUGAAGACUGAAAUGAAGUUUGUUUUUUAAAUAUCCAUGAUAUGAAGUUCUGUGGGCAAAAGAAAAUUUGCGAAAUUGGGAAAAUAUUCUAGACACUCCUAAUGCCC